AAUGCGAAGGUAACUGAUCUAUAUUUACCAUUUGAGAUAACAGUUAGAAGAGUCAGAAAAUUGCACGCUUACUUGGUUGUAGGUCUAUUUCAGGAGCCCCUUUAUGUUAAUGCUCGGCAAUACCAUCGAAUCCUCAAAAGAAGAGCUGCUCGUCAGAAAUUGGAAGCAGAAGGGCGGUUACCAAAGAAGAGACAAAAAUAUCUUCAUGAAUCGCGACAUCAGCAUGCGCUUGCUAGAGUUCGUGGGGAGGGAGGCAAGUUCGAUAAGGGAAGGCACCUAGGUAGUGUUUUUUGUUUUCGUAUUUAUGUUGUUUUAGCUGUUUUCGUAAUUGCUUAUCCUCAACCAAUUUCUUUUUACUCAGAGUUUUACUCUACAGACAGCAUGUUGGACCAUAACGGAUCAGGUGCUCACGAAUCUGUGUCUGACAUGGAAGCUAACCAAAAACGCACCCGGUUUCUUCCAGUACGUGAUUUGAAGUAA